AUGCUUGGAAGCAUCAUGCUCGAAGACCAGGAUAUGUCUUCGGAGACUGCUCCAGCGAACCGACAGCGACCCAAACGUAACAAGACCGAACUGGCGUGUGAAACUUGUCGCCGGAGAAAAUCAAGAUGUGACGGUCGCCAUCCCUCUUGCUCUCAUUGCGAGAAUAUGGGACUGGCAUGCGUCUACCGGUCUCCUGUGGCCUUCUUGGAAGGCAAUUCUUCCGUCUUGACUCGCUUGUCCAACAUCGAGGCGAGGCUGCAGUCCAUAGACCAGUCAAUACCAGUCGCUCCUCCUGCGGAACGCGGUGCUCGAGAAGGCUCUAGCGACAACGCAUGGCCCAAAAUGCCCGACUUCCACCAUGCUUCGGCUCAUAAACUCUUCCAUUGUUGGCCUAAGCUUCGGAUCAGCCUCGCAAACCUGGAUAUUGAGCCUGUGACAUUUUUCAAGAAUGUGGACGAUGCCGAUACCUUCAAUUUCGAGAAUAACUUCGACACCACUGAUCUUGGCGGGAUUCAUGUCUCGGAAGCGACCAGCAGCAUCAGUGCGCUCUUUGAAAACGUUUCGCAAUUGCCUUUCAUACUUAGACAUCUCUUGACCACGGGCGGUCUCACAAGGGAAGUCUGUCUCGGCCUCUUCAACCGAUACUCGGACUUCUCUACUGGCUACGACGUGCGAUUACAAUUCGAAACUCAGUCUGCAGAAGAGCUACUGGUACAGACAGUGGCAUUCAAGCACCUGUCUUCUACGUCGAUGAACGUGAGCCUGAGCAGGCAAGCCGACCUUUGCUUCAAAUUCGCAUUGGGACGAAUGUGGAUGAUUCAAUCCCGGCAAAACCCUCAGAUUUUGCCAUUCAAGUUCUUGUUUGUAAUAUGCUUGCUUUACGUCUACGGUCGACCUUUUCAUGCUCUGGGCCUCCUCCAGAGCCUUGAACCUCAGAUCCAUAAUGCAUCUCCAAUGAUGCGAGGAGACCUUGCUACACGGGCACAAUAUGAAGCAUGGCUUCAUCUAUAUUUCCUCCUUGAAAGUGACAUCCUGACGGAGGUCGACGGCGUGCCAGGCAAGCUCUCGCGUAACAGUGACAUUCGGCUCCGUGAGGAUGCCUUGAUAGGUACUCCGAGCGACUUCAGUGUUGAUUCAAUGACCUUCUGCGGAGAUGACAACUCUACCCAGGAACUUCAAGCUCACUUACGCUUGCGAGGCUAUCUAAACACCAUACUUGACAGCCUGUACCCCUUGGAGAGGGCAUACUGUCGACCUUAUGAUGUUGCAGUCCUUCUCACCGACGUUGCAAGGCGGCUGGAUCUGUGGUACUGGACCUUACCUAUCAAUAUGAGAUUUCCCCGUCAUCCAUCUGCGUUGCUCCUGACGAAGGAACCCAUGAAUCUAACCAUGGACGAACUGAGAUUCCGAUAUCAUGCUGCCUUGUUCCUGAUCAAUCGUCCAGUUCUUUACUAUGUCCUGCAUGAAAGGCUGGAACAUGCUGCCACAGCCUCGGAGCUCGAAACUUCCAAGAACGACCCGUGGGUCUAUGAAUCAUGCUACGACUGCUUGCAGAACGCCAUCAUGAUAGUCCUUCUUCACACCCAAAGGCCCCGUAUGUCUAUCACGGACGGGUUUCAAAACUGGUGCAACCUUCAACAUUUGAUCGCAGCGCACGCCACUCUAGUUCAGGUCCAAAGCAAUCCCGACAUGUCAAUACUGCUUCGAAAUGGUGUUGAUAUCAAUACAUUGUUGGAUGAGGCAGAAGCCGUCCUUGAGCAAGGUAUGAAUCGACCGGCAAAUAUCAAGGAGACUUUGCACAUACUUAGAAACAUCCGCCAAAACUUGCAGAGAAACGACCAGCGAACACCUUGA